AUGAAACGCCUCAAAGUCCAAUCCAAUGAGGAGGGCGCCGUGAUGCCCCGCCGCCGCAGCCCGCGGCUCCAUCUACAAACCCACGCCGGUCCCCAUAUCCACGCCAGCGAUGAGGGAGCAGCAAUGGUCGGCCGUCGUCGCUGCCGUCGCACCUCAUCGGAGGCGCCUGCCUCCCUGCUCGAUAAUGAAGAUAUGCUCUGGGAGAUCCUCCUCCGUCUUCCGUCUCAGCCGUCUUCCCUUUUGCGCGCAUCAGCAGUCUGCAAGAGGUGGAGACGCCUCGUCAAUGACCCUCAGUUCCUCGGCCACUUCCGCACCCACCACCGCACGCCGCCCCUCCUCGGCGCCUUCGUGUGCCGCCGCCCCCACAUGGCAACCGAGUUCGCCCCUAUUCUAGGUCCUACUGACUGCAUCCCUCCUGAGCGCUUUGACCUCGGAAGCUGCAGCAAGUGGCCUGCUGAUCGCCAUUUGCUUGAUUGCCGCCACGGCCGUGUCCUCGUGAAAGACGACUUAAAGCAUGAGGUUGUUGUCUGUGACCCCAUCAGAGGCGAGCACCGCCGCAUGUCCAUUCCGCCGGUGUUCAAGAAUACUCGUGCCUACAUCCACGGGGCAGUGCUCUGUGCAGCCGCCGACGACCAUGACCACGUGCAUGGCAGCUGCCACUCUACCUCCUUCAAGGUGGCCUUGUUGUCCAUGUACAGGCAGGAUAGGCGUCCAGUCGCCUGUCUUUACUCCUCAGAGACUGACACGUGGGGAAAUCUCAUCACAGUAGUGGAACCAUGUGAGCCUCCUGGUUUUCUUAUUCCUGUUACUCUUAUUGGUAAUGUCCUUUACUGGAGCAUACUUGAGUUUGAUUUUGAUAGGCAGAGUCUAGCUAUGAUCAAGGGGCCUAGUGGUAUAAAUAAACUCCACAGAUUUCAUAUCAUCAUCAAGACAGAGGAUGGGGGUGUUGGUCUUGCCGUAUUAUCUACACCGAGAAUUCGCAUAUGGCAAAGGAAGGUCAAUUGUGAGGGUGCUAGCACAUGGUUGUUGCAGAAGACCAUUGGCAUGAAUAAAAUUCUUAGGAUCUCUCCUCGGAUUAAGAGAAAUAUGGGACGGCUGAUGGGGUACGAUGAGGAUACUGACGAAAUAUGUUUGCAUAUAUAUGGCAGUGUCUAUAUGGUCCAACUUAAGUCAAUGCAAUACAGGAAACUGUAUAAGACCAAUUAUUAUACAAACUAUUAUCCUUUCAAGAGUUUCUAUGUGUCAGCCCCUACUGCUGGAUGUGGUGGACUGAAGGGCUGCCCUGUUCGUUAG